GAAGCAAGGAGUUAGUGUAGUAUUAGCUAUAGAAUCUGUUAGCAUGUGUCAGUAACAGAUUCAGUUAGUAAAGUAGUUACAACUAACUAUAGUUAAGUUAAGUCUACUAGUCUAGUUAAAUGCUUAGAUGUGAUGUAUUAUAAAUAGAAUAGAUACUACCAAAGAUGUACGAUUGAUUUUUCAUGUUUUAGUUCUGUAGCUCAAUAUAGAUUUGUUUCUCUCUUCUUCCUCAAUUAGUGAAUCCCCAUUACUGAUUCUAACAUGGUAUCAAAGCCCGAGGUAUCACUCUGAGUAUCUCUCUGUUUUCAGUGCAGCAGUAGGCUCGUGAAGGAGUAGUGUGCAUUGUCCCAGAAACAGUGAAGAUCAGAGUUCAUUUGAGUUUUUUGCAAUGGUGGAUGCAGCUGCCAUUAAUUCAGUUACAGGGCCUCUUCCAGGAACUACGGGAGCUCAUACAGGAGUCGAUGCUCAUCAUCCUCUUCAUUUACAGGCAUGUGAUACUCCAGGUAGUUCCUUGGUCUCAAUUCAACUCACUGGAUCUGAAAAUUAUUCUCUAUGGAGUAGAUCUAUGAAGAUUGGACUACUAGGAAAAGGGAAGUUAGGUUUCAUUACCGGUCAGUAUUCAAAGGAUAAGUUUGCUGUCUCAUUACAUGAUCUUUGGGAAAAAUGUAAUACCAUAGUCCUGUCAUGGAUUAUGAUCUCUGUAAGCAGGGAAUUGUUAAGUGGAAUAGUCUAUGCUAGUAGUGCUCAGCAAGUAUGGACUGACUUGAAAGAGAGAUUUGACAAAGUAGAUGGCUCUAGGAUCUUCUAUUUACACAAGGAGAUUGCUACACUUAGUCAAGGAAUGCUGUCUGUGUCUAGCUAUUUCUCCAAACUCAAAGAAUUGUGGAUGGAAUUUGACUCUCUUAUGCCAUGUCCUAGUUGUGCCUGUGAAGUUUCUAAGACUUAUGCAGCUCAUUUUGAGUACCAGAUGUUGAUGCAGUUUCUCUUAGGGCUAAAUGAGUCUUAUAAUCAGUGUAGAAGUCAGAUUAUGAUGCAGGACCCAGCACCUUGUGUGAACAAGGCUUACUCUCUGGUUAUGGCUGAGGAAAGCCAGAGGAUACUUGGUAAAUCCAAUGCUGUAAGUGCUGAUAAUCAUGGUUUGGUAAAUGAUGCCAUGGCAUUCUUCAGCAAUAAUAAGAGUCAUGUACCUAGAUCAGGCUCCAGUUCAUACUCAGGACCUAAUCAUCCUUCAGGAUCUGGUUCUAGAUCUCAUCAAAGAUCUACCAGCAAUCUCUAUUGUGACUACUGCAAUUGGAAAGGUCACAUCAGAGCUACUUGUUACAAACUUCAUGGUUAUCCUCCUGACUGGAAGGGUAAGAAGAGAACACCACUUGGAUCUAUUCCUGCAGCUAAUCUUGUGGGUGCUAAUGCUGGUAUUACUCAGCUGAGGCAGUAUUCAACACAUACUGGUCAAGGAUCAACUCAAAGUGCUCUUGGAAUGUCUCACAGUGGUAGUUUCUCUCCUACUACCUCUCAUGCUCUUAUGUCUAACAGGCAGUCUCCACUAGCUCAUUUUGACCCACAGGUUCAGCAGCAUCCUCACUUUUCUCCACAGCAGUAUCAACAACUUCUACACAUGUUGGAUCAAGAGAAUGAGAAGGCAAAGGCCAAUACCAACUGUGACAAUCUGAUGGCAUCAGGACCUCUCAAAUGGGACUGUGAGGGGGACUGGCAGACUGGAGAAUGAUUUGUAUGUUGUGCAUGCUGAUAGUCAGCUGAUCUCAGGAGAUUCAUUGAAGUCUACACAAGAUUCAGUUCAUGUAGCUA